AUGCAAGGUUUAGAUAAUCCAAAUAUGUUUAAAUACAAGCCAAAAACUCAACAGGAUACCAUCAUUACGCUAGCCAACGUAUAUAUCAAUCUUUCGAAAACCAACCCCACAACAAUGCAAAAUGAAAAUUUCGGGCAGCAUAUAUUCGCUUUGCAGUUUGCUCAUAACUUCCUUUCCAUUACUAUUUACAAACAAGGAUAUCAACCAGCUGUACAAUUCAACAUUACAAAAUCACUUCACUGGAACUACCAAAACCGUGUUUAUUGUUACUUUCAUGAUGAUAGGAGAAAUCAGUGGCUUGCUACUUUCCCAGACGCAGCUACUGCUGCUUAUGUCACAGCUGAAAUUUACUGUUUGACAAAGAAUAUCAAGACAGAUACUCUAUUUUAUUUAGAUAUCAACAAAGGACAAGGUAAAGGAAUAUCUCUGAAUGAUACCCUUCAAGUAUCUUACUUCGUUUUCCCUGUCAGAGACUUUCCAAUUUUGGAUCGCGAAUGUGUUUCAGUCGAGGUCAAAAAAGUCAAAUUUACGAAAGAGAACUUUAUUUCUGGUAUCGCGAAUUCGAUUUCCGGAAUGGUUUCCAACUCAAGCAGACUGAUAUAUGUCCCUCAAGCCUAUAAGCCUUACGAAAGCGGCACACCUCAUAAGGAAAUACCUGCAACAAAUGUCAUCGUCAUGUUUUCUCUACACCACGUCAAAUUCGAGGAAUCUGAAAAUCAAUCAGAUGCAUCUGACUACAUUCCAGCUCAGGCAGCAGCACCUCCACCACCAACUGAAAAAUCGGAUACUGAUAUUGGCGAAAGCGAUGCAGCCGCGGAAGAAGUUAUUUACGAUAAAUUACGAAAACUACAGAAAAUGGGCGCAAAGAACGCCAUUAAUCCAACCGCUGUUAUUCCUCCUGCUACUACAUCAUCUUCAUCUGCUUCUGCUGCUCAGCCAACCAUCGUAAAAGGUCCAUCUACUGCAUCUCUCAAGAAACUCGAAGCGAAUAUAAAUAAGCAGAUCGAUAAUAUCAUUUCUGAUCCGAAAUCCGCCGAUAUCGUUACAGGAGUUAUCGCAAUUGCUAAUGAACUCUCUCAGAAGCAGGAAGAGAUCACAAAACUCAAAACCGAGCUCCAAUCGUUAUCGAAACCAGGAGGUGGAGCAAGUAUAACCAGGAAACAACUCGAAUUUGCAAUUUCUGAAGCGGAAGAUUUGAAGAAGAAGUCAGAUUACACUGAGAAGAAGCUAAAGGAGAUGCAAGGAAAGCUCUCUGAUGCAGGAAAAGAGAAGUUUGAUCAUAACGCAGCUAAAGCUAAAGGAAAAACAAUAAUUAAAAAAUUAAUGAACGCAAUUUUCAACGAUGUCAACGAAGCAAUAGAUCCAGAUGCCGAGCUCACAGGAAGUGAUGUUAACCAGAAGCUCUUCGAGCUCUUGAGGAAGCAUUCAUUUGCUGCAAUGGAGGACGUUCAAAAGAAUGGUCUCCAGUGA